AUGGCUGCAAUUACCACUUCUUCCGUCGUAGAACCAGGGUUGGAGCUCAUGGAACGAUUGAGCAGAGCUGGAGUGCAACCGAGUGAUAUGAAAAUAAGAGGUGAUAAUGAUUUGGAUACUCUACCAAUGACAGAAACGGCAGCGAACCAAAACAAUGAAAGCAACAACAACAAUGGUGUUGUCGAAAUCAAAACGUUGGUAUGGGAAGUCUCCUGCAACUACAAUGAAAACAGCAGCAUGGAUCAGAGUGACAACAACAACGCCCAUAUGAAUACUAACAACGCGAAAAAAAUGGAUAGGUUUUACGUCGUUUCGGCAAAGAAAAUGGAAGACAAGGUCGACUUAUCCCUGCUUCGCGAUAUUAUUUACAAGCAUCAGGAUUUGCCCUUUGGAUGCACACCAUCCAAAGUAUCCAUGGCACCCACAGAAGUCGCUGAAUCACUGACGGGUUUUCAAUCUGGAUGCAUGCCGCCCAUCGGACACAAUGUUCCCAUGAAGCUGUAUUUGGAAGAAUCCAUUGUCGACUAUCCAACGGCGAGCAUUGGCUCGGGAACGAUAGACCAUAGCCUCUUACUUCCAAUGAACGAGCUGAUAAAGAUUGCCGAAAAUAGCAAUGAAGGUAGUACUCUUGGAAGUUUCCGACGGUUAGAACGGUCCCAGUCUCCGUCCUCGGUUAUGGAAACCAAUACCGAAGAACCAGAAAAAAAGACACACAAACAAAAGAAAAAAGCCGAAGGUGGCCCCGAACCAAAAGAUAGAUUGCGCGAAUAUCGAUUGUUCAGCACUAUUGUUGACAAAGCAAAACUUCUACGAACGACGGCUCGAAAGAAGGGAAGAGUAGAAAUAAUGGCCGAGUUGAUCCAAGAAGCCGUCAAGACGGGUGAAUUCUGUAGCCUGUUGCAAGUUUCCGAACACGAUGGACUCGACAAGAAUGCCUUGCACCUUUCUGCAUGGCGAGGAGACUGCGAAGUAGUGCAAAUGCUUGUGGAAACUGCCCAGAAGGAGUGCCCUGAGCUCGAUAUAGUCAACAUGUAUUCACGCGGCCCUGGAAACUAUGGAAAGACACCAAUUUUUUAUGCCUUGACGCAAUGCCGCGAAGAUGUCGUCAGGUUUCUUGUGGGAAAUGGUGCAAGCCUCUUGUUUGUCAACAACAAAGGUCAGACACCCUGUAGUAUAGCCCGCAGCCAUUUUGAGAAGGACGCCUGCGACUUUUUGUUUGAGGCUGAAAGGCAACAAUUGAAGAAUGGUGGUACCUUUGCAAACUUUCGGCUGAGCCACUCGGAUAACAAACUGUACGGUGAUUUAGAUCCGAGAUUUGAAGUAGACAAAUUCAAUAUGGGAGAGGACCUAUUGCCAACAAUUGAAGAGUACAAGAACUCGAUUAUAGACGCUGAGCAUCAUGGGGGAUAUCCAACUAAUUUUACACCACGAAGUUUGCGUCCCACUGUCCGAUGGUGGAAACGGGAAGACCAAUCGCUAGCCAACGCCAAUAGUGGGAAUUUGUCUGGUCAAAUCACCUUUACACAACCUCGAAUUACAGGUUGCUCCCGCACGAAGAAUGUGAAAGUGGAAAAGCAGCAAAAUCGUCAAAGAAAGAAUGCGCAAGAGAAAGUACUCUUUCAAAAGAUUGACGUGGAAGUCUUUGAAAAGCUUACUAUUGACCAAAUCUUAAAACCAUAUCCCGACCAAACAAUUGAAAGCUCCGUCACAACUGUGGACAGUGUGUCCACACUGAAGUUGCUGGACGAAGAGAUUGAUCGAACAAUAACGCUUGCAAAUGGCCUUGUUGAGGACGAAACAUAUACAACAGAUGAUGCUCUAGUGAUGGCGACUUGGGGUCUGGACUGCGAAUGGUUACCUGGGACUGACUGUGGAAGAGAUAAUCCUGUUUCAACCCUUCAGCUAAGCUCGCGCAGCUGCUCCUUUCUGCUCGACUUACAAGUGAUUUGCCAAGCUCUACAUCGUGAGCCAAAUGGAGGUGAAAACACAGCAACCAACAUCGAGCUACAGCUCAACGAGGUGCUUGGAAAGCUUUUCAACAGCCAUCUUCUCUCGAUUGCUGGAUUCGGUAUCUUGCAAGAUUUAGGAAAACUGAUGGUCUCAUUUCCACACCUGCCAUGCUUUUCAACCUAUAACUCCGUCAUUGAUCUUCAAGCAGUAUCAGCGAUACCUCUUUCAAAAGGCGAGAGACAAAACGCUUCGAGUCUACAAAGAAUGGUCGGACUUAUGCUUCAAAAGAAACUAGACAAAACACAACAGGUCUCAGAAUGGACAAGGCGACCACUUUCGAAAGAGCAGUUUGACUACGCAACUCUUGACGCAGCUGUGUUACCAGUGCUCCUUCAACGACUUAUGUCAACACCUACAAUCAAGAGGUACAAUGGGCAGUUCUUCAAGACGCACUCAAACCUCACAUCAAGGAGUCGUUUCAGUUUCUUAGACACUAAAACUGAAACGAAAGAAGAGGGCGGGAUGACAUGGCACAUUCCUAUGGGACGUGAAGCAACCAUGUUUACUCGGCCGAUAGCUCGGCAGACCUGGCCAUCUUGUCAAGCUUCUCCAGGUGAACCGAAGCUUGUUCCUAUAAGAACUGGCCCGACCAAGAAAGAGAGAGCCCAUCUCAAGAAAGUUGGUACGACUGGAGAAAAGCCGAAGCCAAUUCAGCUAUCCACGCUUCUUGCAAACCUGGACAACUUGCCUAUUCCAGGAAUAACGCUUGGAUACACCAAAGAUUCUUGUGUCAGCAGAGUUGUUGGACAUGUCUUCAUGAACACCUUGCCAGAGGGGACGUAUAUUGGAUUUAACAGGCGCUCUGGUGUUGUGGAAACAAGCAAUGCUUGGAUUGUGUUUUGUAAUUUUGGAGGCUCGGAACGUUUCGAAGGGAAAAGAGCUUCUUCAGGUUUCAUGCGAGAUGGACGAGACUUUGUGUUCAAUCUGAACCCAAAGAAUUUCAACGGCAAGUCAAGUGAAAAGACUCUAUAUGAUUACGUCUCGACUCCAGUUCGAAGCCCCGAAGAAAAGAAACAAAUUUUGUUGUUUGCUAGAGAUGGAACCCGGCAGAAAUACACGUAUUGUGGUCGAUGCAAGUGUGAAGGUUUUGAUAUUACAGAUUCGGGAAAAAUUGAUCUUCUUUUGAACCUCCUCGAUUUCGAGGAGCUCGUUGGAGAGAACAGAAUUUCUGAUGACUUCACAACCCUUGUGGCGAAACAGAACACAGUUUUAGAAUUUGCUGCCUAA